GCUUUUCGGACCCUAAGGUGAGGCGGUCUUCUGGUGCUGCUCCGGAAGGAGGCGCGAGUAGGUAAAAUUUGCUUCCUGUGGAAUUAGAUGGUGUACCAUGGGGCUCACCAAGCAGUACCUGCGUUAUGUUGCCAGUGCUGUUUUUGGCUUGAUAGGCAGCCAAAAGGGCAACAUUGUCUUUGUAACUCUACGUGGUGAGAAGGGGCGCUAUGUAGCUGUGCCAGCCUGUGAGCAUGUCUUCAUCUGGGAUAUACGUAAAGGAGAGAAGAUUCUUAUUCUUCAAGGACUUAAAUAUGAAGUUACCUGUUUAUGUCCCUCACCAGAUGGAUUGCACUUAUCUGUUGGCUAUGAGGAUGGAUCUAUCCGCAUCUUUAGUCUUCUAAGUGGUGAAGGGAAUGUGACUUUCAAUGGACACAAGGCAGCUGUCACUGCCCUGAAUUAUGAUCAGCUUGGGGGCAGGCUAGUGUCUGGCUCAAAGGAUACUGAUGUUAUUGUGUGGGAUGUGAUCAAUGAGAGUGGUCUUUACCGACUGAAGGGACAUAAGGAUGCCAUCACACAGACGCUGUUCCUGAGAGAAAAAAACCUGCUGAUUACCAGUGGCAAAGACACUGUGGUGAAAUGGUGGGACCUUGAUACACAGCAUUGCUUCAAAACAAUGGUUGGCCACCGAACUGAGGUUUGGGGACUGGUUCUGGUGUCUGAAGAAAAACGUCUCAUCACUGGUUCUGCAGACAGUGAACUGAGGGCUUGGGACAUCACCUAUAUAGAGGAGCUGAAAGACCUUGGAGAACCCAACUCUAAGAAGAGCAGAGGAUCUACUCUUGGGACCCAGGAGAAUCAUGAAACAGAGACAGGGGACCCUGAUGCAGAUGAAGAUCCUGAAGAUCGUAUUCUUUCGUGUAACAAAGCUGGUUCCAUAAUGCGGGAAGGAAGAGACCGAGUUGUAAAUCUUGCUGUAGACCGCACAGGCAGGAUUCUUGCUUGUCAUGGAACAGAUUCUAUUUUGGAAGUGUUUUGUAUUCUUUCCAAAGAGGAAAUUCAGAAGAAAAUGGAUAAGAAAAUUAAGAAAGCCAGAAAGAAAGCCAAGUUAAGUUCUGGUGAAGGGGAGCAAGAGGAUCCUGAGGUCAGUGUUGUAAUGUCUCUGCAAGAUGAGAUCCAGCGGGUAGCCAAUAUCAAAGCUUCAGCCAAGAUCAAGUCCUUUGACUUGAUUCAUUCUCCCCAUGGCGGGUUGAAAGCUGUCUUCUUGCUGCAAAACAAUCUAGUGGAAGUAUAUACACUGAACCCAUCUACUCCUGCCCCACAGCCCAUCAGGACAGCCAGGAUCACCAUUGGAGGUCACCGCAGUGAUGUCCGGACCUUAUCAUUUAGUUCUGACAAUAUUGCUGUUCUUUCAGCAGCUGCUGAUUCUGUCAAGAUAUGGAACAGAUCUACAUUGCAGUGUAUUCGGACAAUGGCUUGUGAAUAUGCUCUCUGUUCCUUAUUUGUGCCUGGAGAUAGGCAGGUGAUCAUAGGAACAAAGACAGGGAAGCUACAGCUUUAUGACUUGGCCUCAGGAAAUCUGCUGGAGACAGUUGAAGCACAUGAUGGAGCUUUAUGGUCAAUUUCUCUCUCUCCAGAUCAGCGUGGCUUUGUAACUGGUGGUGCUGACCAAUCUGUCAAGUUCUGGGAUUUUGAGUUAGUGAAAGAUGAAAACUGUGCCCAGAAGAGGCUUUCUGUGAAGCAGACCCGUAUCUUGCAGCUUGAUGAAGAAGUUCUCUCUGUGCGUUAUUCCCCCAAUCAAAAGCUACUGGCUGUUUCUUUACUGGACUGUACAGUGAAAAUCUUCUAUGUUGACACUUUGAAGUUUUUCCUCUCUUUAUAUGGACACAAACUACCUGUUCUUUGCAUGGAUAUUUCUUCUGAUGGAGCACUAAUAGCAACUGGUUCUGCAGAUAGGAAUGUGAAAAUCUGGGGCUUAGACUUUGGGGACUGCCAUAAAUCUCUUUUUGCCCAUGAAGACAGUGUCAUGUAUCUACAGUUUGUACCCAAAUCUCAUCUCUUCUUCACUGCUGGGAAAGACCACAAGAUAAAACAAUGGGAUGCAGAUAGGUUUGAACACAUCCAGACUUUGGAGGGACACCACCAAGAGGUAUGGUGCUUGGCUGUUAGUCCUAAUGGUGAUUACAUUGUAUCUUCAUCCCAUGACAAAUCCUUAAGACUGUGGGAGAGAACAAAGGAACCCCUCAUUCUAGAGGAAGAACAAGAGAUGCAAAGGGAAGCAGAGUAUGAGGAGAGUGUGGCCAAAGAAGAUCAGCCAGUAGUUCCUGGAGAGGCUCAAGGUGAUACUUACUUUCCUGGGAAGAAAACUGUCGAAACUGUCAAAGCGGCUGAGAGAAUCAUGGAGGCCAUCGAGCUUUACCGAGAAGAGACCGCAAAGAUGAAAGAACAUGAAGCCAUUUGUAAAGCCGCAGGGAAAGAGGUUCCUCUUCCGGUUAACCCCAUCUUAAUGGCUUAUGGAAACAUCUCACCUUCUGCAUAUGUACUGGAAGUGUUUAAAGGUAUCAAAUCAAGUGAGUUGGAGGAGGCCCUCCUGGUGCUGCCUUUCUCAUAUGUUCCAGACAUUCUGAAGCUUUUUGAUGAAUUUUUCCAGCUGGGUUCUGAUAUUGAACUUCUCUGCCGGUGCCUCUUCUUCCUCCUCAGGAUUCACUUUGGGCAAAUCAGUAGUAACCAAAUGCUUGUACCAGUGAUAGAGAAAUUGAAGAAAACUACCAUUUCAAAAGUCAGUGAAGUUCGGGAUGUUAUUGGAUUCAAUAUGGCAGGCCUUGAGUUUCUAAAGAGGGAAUGUGAGGCAAAGAAUGAAGUUGAAUUUUUCUCUGAUGCCACAAGCAAUUUUGAAGAGAAGAAACGGAAGAGAAAAAAGAGGGAGAAGCUCAUUAUGACAUUGGCUUAGAGCUGAAACACUUGGCCUAUUUUCAUGGUCCCUUUAACUGUGCCUCUCAGAAUAGAAGGAAUCGCUUCUGGACUUGAGUAUGGAUACCAUCAUCAUGGGAAAAACAUGGGACUAAGAUCUCUAUCACUAACUAUGCUAUUGACUAGCUGUGUGACUUGGGGCUACUCUGCUUCUUUUUUUUUUUUUUUUUUUCAUUUGUAAAAUGAGGAGGGUUGGACUAGAUGACCCUUUAUGUUCCUUUCCAGCUUUAAAACACUGAGAGUCAUGAACUUUAAAGUACCAGAGGACAAGGAAAUCAUUAAACUGCUAAAGUACAUUAGAGGAUCACAAGAGGGAAGUUAACUAAGGAACCUUGUGCAUCAGUAGCAAGGCACUUAGACUUUCCCUUUUGUCAAAAAUCUAAAUAUAGGAAGAUUCUUGAACCCUUAAAGGCAAGAGUUAGAGUUACCUACUCAGAAGUUUUAUUCCAUUUCUUCUAUUGUUGGACGUGUGCAAAUAUUCUGAGUUACUAUUUAUUUGUUUUGUCUUUUUCCCACUGGGAGGUAUAAUAAUGUGUAUAAUCUCUUUUUCCUAGUGCAUUUAGGAAAUUAUGUAGCCUCUGCAAAGAGAAUUCCUGGUGCCUUUUACCCUAUAGACAUUUAUUUUUUUGUUGUAUUUGUAUGUAAAAAGAGUUUGUUAUGUUUGUAUUUCUUUCAAAAACAAAUAUUUUUAAGUAAAGUCAUGGUAAAAUGA